AUGACACCUCAUCAGAGGCGCAAUAGAUCACCGGAAACACCUCAAGUCCAGACCAGAGCUUCAGCGAGACCCAGUCCUCCAGCAACAUCAAAGAUCUCGAAAAAGACUCCGUCUGCUAGGACGACUCCUCACUCAUCAGGAUGGACACACCCCCGACCAAAAGGCUCUCGAUUUGAUCCGCGCGCCCAAUCUACCCUUACACAAAUUGAUUUUGUGACGCAGACCCCACAUCCAGAUGACGAAAAGCUUGACUACCUCGAUGACACCGAAUCGCGCGACGAUAUAAACAAUGAGCCGGUAGUCCAAAAGGAGGCAUCUGAUGAUGAUGGCGACCACAGACAAUCAUCGCGGACAAGACCGGCUCAUUCGACCUUCGAAACCAAUAACGACCACCCCAAAAGGCGACGGAAAAGCACAGAUGUAAAUAAUGGGACAAUGGAACGAGGCCAAAGCAUCCGCAAGAGCCAGACACCCAGAGCCAGUGUUGGACCAAAGAGCAAGCGAAAACCUACAGAGAAACCGACUACGAAGCGGGACAAAACUCUUACGCAAAUGAAUUUUGUGCGACGCUAUAUCACGAUUGACGAUGACGACGUGAACGACCCGAAUUUGAGCUACAUAGAACCGACACCUAAGAAAUUACCGGCUGGCAAGACUUUUAAGAGCCCCCAGAGUGCGAAGUUGAAAUUUGAGAGCCAAACUACGCCCAGUUCUGUGAAACUCAAUCGCCGAAUCUCGGAGGCUGAGCUGGACCUUUCAACGGGGGAGCCAAUAUCUGAUCCUGGAAUAAGUCAGGCGGCGGACAAUGACAGCUUGCCGCAAAGAAUAAUGAAUGCAAAUGGCCCGAUCACACCACGUAAGCGAAGACUUGAAAUUCCAUCUUCUCAGUCACCCGAAAGCCCGGGUCUGGCCAUUAUAACAUCAUCUCAAUUCCGUGACGAAACUGGAUCCCCGUUGAAACGCAAGUCACCGAAUCUUGCAAAUUCCCUUGGAAACCAGAUCAAGGAAGAGGCACCUAAGCCUCAACGCCUAGUAGAUGACUCGCACGACCAGGAUCAUACAUCUCCAAACAGAACGCCUACGGAAAAUUGGCCCAAGGUGGUGGUAGGCUCAAGUCAACGCCAGAGGACAUUCAAAGAAAGACUCGUAUCAAGUGGGUCGCAUGAUGAGUCGAGGAGGCAAAAACCAACGCCAACUGAACAUGAGCCGACUCGCACCCAAGGGGAUAGAACUGUGGUGUAUGAAACGGAUGCUGAAAGCGACCAAAGUGAUACAGAGUCUCAAUCCCAUCAUGCCCCUCCAACACCAAGUCGAGUGCAAGAAUCUCAAGUCGAGGAUACGCACAAUUGCAGCCCUACCCCGUCACUGGGAGGCGACGACUCGCAAGAACUCCCCUUGCCACCUAGUGCCCAGUCCCCCAGUAAUCUGGAUGAUUGCCCACCAUCCGAACCUCCGAUGUCAGAUGCUUCCAUAUACUACCAACGCUUACAGCCUGCUACACAAUUCCCCCAUGAGCCUAUACCGAUGCUUAGUACCCAAAAGCUAUCCGAGCUAUUUCCGAAUGAGGGCAAUACGCAACACAUUCAAUCCCGUGUUGAAGGCACGCGAGAUACUCGAGCCCAGCGCUUCACUGGUCCGUUUUUGCAAACGCAGACACAAAGCCAAGAUUACGAAGAGCCCGAAAUCGUACCCGAGUCUUCACCUGCUAGGGAACAAAAUGAUUCCAUCGAAGAAAAUCAGGCAGAGUUCCAUCGUCCGCCUGUACGAGAGCCAAUUGUACAAAUUGAAUCAUCCCAGCCUGUUGAACGGGCCAAUGCUAGAAAUGGCAUUUUGUCACGAAGUCAGCUUUUGACAUCGAGUGUCAUGGAGAGUGUUCCUCUACCGAACUUUUGGAUGGGUAGUCAGGAUAGCGUGGGAGAACCAUAUAGUUUACCAGAUCGGUAG